UUCUUUCUUCUUCGUCGGCUUCAGAACUUGAAAAAAGAGGAAAACUAAAGGUGUUUAGGAUUUUAAUCAUCAUUAGAUUUCUUCAUUUGAAUCAAAACAAUAGUAUUAUUAGUAUUAAUUUUCAAAUAUAAUCUUAAGGAGAACAGAGACGAAACCCUAAAAAGACGGUGAAGUAGAAGAGAGAGAAAGACUGUUCGAGCUUGUGUUGCCAUGGCGACGAUGGUGAGUUCCGCAAGUGGGCUUUUGGCGAUGUUGAACGAGCCUCACCCUAUGUUGAAGCUCCACGCUCUCUCCAAUCUCAACACAUUUGUUGAUUACUUCUGGCCGGAGAUUUCCACCAGCGUACCCAUCAUUGAAAGUCUGUACGAGGAUGAAGGAUUUACGCAAAGACCGCUGGCUGCAUUGCUUGUUUCUAAGGUCUUUUACUACCUUGGUGAGCUCAACGAUUCCUUAUCAUAUGCCCUAGGGGCUGGACCACUGUUUGAUGUUUCGGAAGAUUCUGAUUAUGUUCAUACACUUCUUGCUAAAGCUAUAGAUGAAUAUGCAAGUCUCAAAUCUAAAGCAGCAGAAUCAAGUGAAGAUGCAGAAAAGUUGGAUCCUAGAUUGGAGACCAUUGUUGAAAGAAUGCUUGAUAAGUGCAUCUCUGAUGGGAAACAUCAACAAGCUAUGGGGACGGCUAUUGAGUGCCGAAGAUUGGAUAAACUUGAGGAAGCAAUUGUUAGGAGUGAUAAUGUUCAUGGAUCUCUUUCGUAUUGCAUUAAUAUCUCCCAUUCCUAUGUUAAUCUCAGAGAAUAUCGUCGUGAGGUUCUUCGGCUUCUUGUUAAUAUAUAUCAAAAAUUGCCUUCCCCUGAUUACUUGAGUAUUUGCCAAUGUCUAAUGUUCCUGGAUAAACCUGAAGAAGUUGCAGGAAUAUUGGAAAAGCUUCUACAAUCUGAAAAUAAGGACGAUGCUUUGCUGGCCUUUCAGAUUGCAUUUGAUCUUGUAGAGAAUGAGCAUCAAGCUUUUCUGUUGAAUGUUAGGGAUCGCCUCUCCAGUCCAAAAUCACGAUCUUCAGUGGCUGUGCAGCAUGGAUCAAGCGAACCAGAUUCUGCUCAAACUGGAGAUGCUACUGCUGGCAAUGAAAAUCCUACAAAUCCAUCAGAUGAUGUUCAAAUGACAGAUGGAGCUCGUGCUCCCAAUGAGGACAUACAUGAAAUGGACCCUAACGAGACGACUUAUGCUGAGAGGCUGGCAAAGAUCAAGGAGAUCUUGUCUGGGGAGACAUCAAUUCAGUUGACUUUGCAGUUUUUAUAUAGCCACAACAAGUCGGAUCUUCUGAUACUGAAGACAAUAAAGCAAUCAGUUGAGAUGAGGAAUAGUGUCUGUCACAGUGCAACAAUCUAUGCCAAUGCUAUUACGCAUGCAGGAACAACUGUGGAUACAUUUCUCAGGGAAAAUCUGGACUGGCUGAGCAGAGCUACAAACUGGGCUAAAUUCAGUGCCACUGCUGGGUUAGGUGUUAUUCAUAGAGGUCACCUGCAACAAGGGAGGUCACUGAUGGCACCUUACUUGCCACAGACGGGGGCUGCUGGUGGUGGUAGUCCAUACUCAGAAGGUGGUGCCCUUUAUGCUCUUGGUUUGAUCCAUGCCAACCAUGGUGAGGGUAUCAAACAAUUCCUUCGUGAGAGCCUCCGCAGUACGAAUGUUGAGGUUAUUCAGCAUGGAGCAUGCUUGGGUCUAGGUUUGGCAGCUUUAGGAACUGCUGAUGAAGAGAUUUAUGAUGAUGUCAAGAACGUCCUUUACACUGACAGUGCUGUGGCUGGUGAAGCUGCAGGCAUUAGUAUGGGCUUGCUAAUGGUUGGAACUGCAAGUGAGAAAGCCAGUGAAAUGCUUACUUAUGCACAUGAAACACAGCAUGAGAAAAUCAUUAGGGGUUUGGCUCUUGGAAUCGCUCUUACAGUGUAUGGAAGGGAAGAAGAGGCAGACACAUUGAUUGAGCAGAUGACUCGGGAUCAAGAUCCAAUUUUGCGUUAUGGUGGUAUGUAUGCAUUGGCACUGGCUUACAGAGGAACAGCAAACAACAAGGCCAUUCGUCAAUUACUGCACUUUGCAGUAUCAGAUGUAAGCGACGAUGUAAGGAGGACAGCUGUGCUAGCCCUAGGCUUUGUGCUUUACUCUGAACCUGAACAGACUCCUCGAAUUGUAUCCCUGCUUUCUGAGUCUUACAAUCCACAUGUUCGAUAUGGUGCGGCUCUGGCAGUGGGCAUUUCAUGUGCGGGUACUGGUUUGGGUGAAGCUAUAUCUUUGCUGGAGCCUCUUACAUCGGAUGUUGUGGAUUUCGUUCGUCAGGGAGCCCUCAUUGCAAUGGCCAUGGUCAUGGUUCAGACGAAUGAAGCCAGUGAUUCUCGUGUUGGAACAUUUAGGCGGCAGCUGGAGAAAAUAAUUCUUGAUAAGCAUGAGGAUACCAUGAGCAAGAUGGGAGCUAUCCUGGCUUCAGGAAUUCUUGACGCUGGUGGAAGGAAUGUGACAAUCAGGCUACUGUCCAAGACAAAGCAUGAUAAAAUUACAGCAGUUGUUGGACUUGCUGUUUUUAGUCAGUUUUGGUAUUGGUAUCCUCUUAUCUAUUUUAUAAGCCUCUCAUUCUCAAGCACUGCAUUUAUUGGGCUGAACUAUGAUUUGAAAGUUCCGAGGUUUGAGUUUUUAUCACAUGCAAAACCUUCUCUAUUUGAGUAUCCCCGACCAACUACUCUGCCCACUACAACAUCUGCUGUGAAACUCCCUACUGCUGUUUUGUCGACCUCUGCAAAAGCCAAGGCUAGGGCUAAAAAAGAGGCAGAGCAGAAGGCCAGUGCUGAAAAAUCAUCAGGGGAGGAAUCUACUUCCGUUGGUUCUAAUGUGGGGAAAGGAAAAUCAUCUAGUGAGAAGGAUGGGGACUCUAUGCAGGUUGAUAGCUCAUCGGAGAAGAAGACAGAAUCUGAAUCAUCUUUUGAACUUUUGACAAAUCCUGCUCGCGUUGUCCCUGCCCAAGAGAAGUUCAUUAAAUUUUUGGAGGAAAGCAGAUACGUGCCUGUGAAGUUGGCCCCAUCAGGGUUUGUUCUAUUGAAGGACCUGCGGCCAACUGAGCCAGAGGUACUCUCUCUAACAGAUACUCCAUCAUCUAUGGCUUCAUCUGCAGGGGGAUCAACUACUGGUCAACAGGGAUCAGCAUCUGCUAUGGCUGUUGAUGAGGAGCCUCAGCCUCCGCAGCCAUUUGAGUACACCUCAUGAUUGCCAUCUUCGUUCAAGUUUAUUUGGAGAGUGCGGCUUGUUAUUUACUACUUGAAAGGCAAGUGUGAUGCUUUGUGUGGACAAAGGAGAAACAUUUGAGCGAUCACUCAACACUAGGCAGUGUGAUAUUAGAGUGGGGAUGUUCCCUCUCACCACGGGCUGAGUUUUAGCAGGCAAUCUCUUAAGCUUCUCCUGUGAAGCUGCUACAGUCUAUUUCUCCACAAUUGAUUGUUUAAUUUAUGCGUCGGGGGAAGCAGGACAAUGAAUCUGAGAUUUUACCCCACUGUAUCUGAGAAAUCAUUUAUUUCCAAAAUCUUGAUAUUGAACAAGGACAAGGGUGCCUGAUUUAAGAAUAGCAGCCUUUUAUUUUUUGUAGCAUGUCCUGUUGUUUGAGUUAAUAACUUGCUGAGCCCUCUAUUCACCUUCACGAAGUUUGGAAAUUAAUCGUAAUUCAUUUGGAUGUCAUAUAUUU